UGUAGUUGCACUUUUCCUGGAGGUCCGAAAGAACGGAUAAACUUUGUCCAACAAAUAUAACAUAAGUUCCAAAAUUCCAUCAGGCAGAGAUGACCGUACUGCAAACAAGUUGCUUCAGCAUCAUCCCAUCACUAAAUUCUAAGUUCAAUGAUUCCAAUCUGAUCAUUAGAAUAGCUGAAAAGCAACGGAAACAGCCAAGGAUUACAUCUUUUGCGGCAAAAUCUGGUGGUUUUUCACUUAAUUCGAUACUCAAAAAGUGUGAAAGAUGUGGAGGUCAAGGUGCUAUAGAAUGUCCUGGAUGUAAGGGUACAGGAAAGAAUAAAAAGAAUGGGAAUAUCUUUGAGCGGUGGAAAUGCUUUGAUUGCCAAGGAUUUGGAUUGAAGAGUUGCCCUGUUUGUGGUAAAGGGGGCCUCACACCAGAACAACGGGGUGAAAGAUGAUGUCCCAGUGUAAGGAAGCUGACAUGGUACUCAACUCAAGUACUAUUGAUUUUGUACAUGAAGCUCUAUGAAAAUAUGAACUUUGGCUAGGAAAGCGUGUUUGUAUAAAGGUGAUAUGACAAGAAAUUCAAUUCAAGUUUUAUUUUACUUUUU